CUAAGCAGGCUGAGAUGGAGAUGCUGCUGAAGCAGGUGGAUGCUCGGUGCAGCUGAGGGACGAUCGGAGGAACCUGGGAAUCAGAUUUGACAUUUUUCGACGUGGGAAAUACAUUUCAUUCAACCCGUGCACCUUUUUUACUUUUCUAUUCUCGCAGAUGCUCGCCCCGCAGUGAGAGGCCGUCUGUCUGUCUGCAGGUCGCGGGGAUGUGAAGCUCCAUCGGCCGCAGCCUCUCCCCCUGAAACAGCCUGAUAUUAUGCGGGGAACCAGGCGCUCUGCACGGACACAAGGGGAACAAAGCACCGCUUUAAAACACCUUUUACGAACUGGCAGUAUUCGCCAACUAUGGUUGACCCCUCGGAGGCUGAGGAUCAGUGUAAAGGUCCGCAGCUCAGCGCUCCAGCUGAAGACCCCCGGCUGCCCGACCAGGCUGAUGGCACCACAGAGGAGGACGGGGACGCUGGGUUCGAGACGCCGCCGUCCGGCAGCUCCGUGGCGAGCCCCUGCCAUGUGGCUUCCCCCCCGACUUCUGAGACUCUGCCCCCUCCUCCUGAGACUCAGCCCCCUCCUCCUGAGCAAACACAGACUCAUACUGACAGACCUCCUUCACCAAAACUCCACCUGGACCUGUACAACUUUGAGUCCCCCGUGGCGGAGGGCAGUCGCUACGUGCUGACGAGCCCUCACUCCCUGGAGGCCUGUGCUCGAUGUGGGGUGAAACCGCUGGAGCUGCUGCACCGCCCGCUGGCCGACUUCGCCCGCGAGGCUCCGGGUCGAUCCAUGAGAGUCGCGACGGGUCUGUUUGAAGUCUUCGAGAAGGAGAGACACGGCAAACUGAGGCAGUGCCGGGAGGAGCGGGAGAGGAUCAUCAGGGAGGAGAAACGCCGGAUCCUGCAGGCGGCCGCGAACACCGGCAGCAGGGAGUCCGCCUCGCCUCAGGACCAGCAGCACAAAACCUCCUCUGGAUCCCAGCAGACUCCCAAAUCUGGGCCGGUGACCGCCAGCUCAGAUUCUGGAGCUUCUUCUAGAGCCACCCCUCCGUGUCCAGCAUCUAAACCUGCUCUUUUAAGUAGAACCUCGACCGGUAACUCCCCGAAAUCUCAGUCCUCGAAAACUAGUUCCCUGCUGUCAUCGAAAUCUGAAGUGAAAACCAACCGCUCGCUCUCCGGACCUCCACCCAUAAUCAGGAAGUCUUCAGGUGGUAAAUCUUCGAACACCUUCCCCAGAUCCACACCCAAACCCCCGUCCUUCCCCAGAGCCAAGUCCAGCCUCACCUCCUCGACGAAGCCUCUGAACGGCGUCUCAGGACCGACGGUCUCUCAGCACAACGGACAUGUUGCCCUCGAGUCCAAGGUGCAAUCAAAAAGCCAUUCGCUGGAGUCCCUGCAGCGCCGCAUGGAUCCCUCCUCCACCUCCAACACCACCACCACCUGCACCUCCUCAGAGUCCGGCGCCUCCUCCUCUUACAGCUGGGAAGGCGUCCGGGAUCACUGGGCGAAGGCCUCCAGUCCUCGCGCUCGCACCAUGGCCACCUUCAACUCCCUGAUGGGCCGCAGCCUCAGCCUGGGUGACCUCAGCCACUCCCUGCAGACCACGCAGAAGGUGGAGCGCAUCGUGAAUGAGGUGAAGCGCCGCGGCCUGAAGGCGGUGUCGGAGCGGGACCGAAAGAUCGCGGCGCUGAUGCUCGCCAGAUACCAAGAGGAGGACAUCAUGAGCCAGACGCGCUACGUGGCUCACCUGCAGUGGGACAGCGAGCGGAGGAUGGACGAGCUGCGGAGAGAGCAGGAGGAUCGGGAGAAGCAGCGGGCGGUGCUGCAGUGCCAGAGGGCUUGGCAGUCGCAGGUCUCCACCCGGCAGAGGAGGCUCAGCCAGCAGGAGAGACUGUCCACCGCCGCCAAGAUGCGCCAGGCGGAGGAGAGCGAGGAGCGCUGGAGGGAGCUGGCGGAGCAGCAGGAGCGCAGCCGGCUGCUGAGGCUGCAGCAGGCGGCUCGUGAGGAGAAGCACAAGAAGUCCCUGCAGGAGCAGAACCUGAAGGCAAGGGAUGAGGACCGGGCCGCCAUGCUGGAGCAGGAGAGGCUGCUGCUGAAGGAGAAGCUCACCAUGGCCGAGCUCAAGAGGCAGGAGAAGGAGCACCAGAGCCAGGAGGACCGGCGGGGGCUGAACAAGGCGGAGAAGAGACGCCACGCCGCCCUGAUCCAGGAGAUCGCCCGCAGAGAGCAGGAGGAGAGGGAGGAGGCCAGGCGGGCGGCCGAGGGGAAGCUCAGCCGCUCCCUGGAGAACUACGAACACAUCGUGGAGCGCAGAGGCCAGGAGCUGAAGGAGAAGGCCAAGCGCGAGGAGAAGCAGAUCCUGAAGGCUCGCAAGGCGGCGGAGAAACGGGAGAAACAGCAGCAGCAGCUCCUGGAGGCCCGGGUGAAGGAGGCGGAGAAACGAGCGCAGCAGGCGGCGCUGGUGGCUGAAGUUCGGUCGAAAGAGAAGGCUCAGCGCGCCGUUCAGAGCCGGCAGGAGAAGGAGAAGCUGCAGAAAGUCAACAGGCAGCGGGUGGAGGAGGAGGAGAAGCAGAAGAGGACGGAGCUGCUGCAGUCCAUCGAGAGGAAGCUGGAGAAGAGCGAGCAGAUCUUCAAGGAGAAGAGGGCGGUGCUGGAGAGCGCUCGCUCCGUGGCCCAGGCCUCCUUCCACGUCCGGGACAAAGUGAGGGAGGAGACCAACAUGAGGACCUUUGAUAAGAUGGCUCUGGAGGCUCAGCUCAAAGCCAGCCUGAACGACAGUAAACUCUGAGGUCACUUCCUGUCGCCUCGUCAUCAAACAGCUUUACCUUUUCUCACAACAGUGUUAUUUAUUUCCUAUCAUCCCCCAUCAGCUGGUUUUAUUAUUGUUUCUGAGCGAACCAAAUCAUUUUGUAUCGUGGAUGUAAUGAGACUUUAUUCUAAGGGAACAGUAAAGCCUGUAUGUGACGUACAUGGACUUCAUAUCAGAGGAAAAGUGGGUAGAGGGCUGCAGCAAACCCCCCCCCCCCCUCUCUCUCUCUCCUUCUUCUACUUGCCUUCUGUUUAUGUUCAGCUACCGGACUGGAAGCUGUGCAGGAAUGAAAAGAGUCAUUGUUUACCAGGAAGCACAACUCCAUGACAACUGCAGAGGCUUUUAAGGAAGCGCUCCUCUGAGAGGGAAUAAUCACAAAUGGGUUUCAGACCCCCGAAGCUAGUGCAGGAUCCUUUCUGUGACACAGCUAUAAAAAGCAUGGAUACUCUCGUCUGUACGGAGCUGCUGACGGGAGGGCCGUGUGCACAACUGAUGGAGCCCCAGAGGACCAGGA